GCUCAUCUAGGCUUGUGCUUUUUUUUAAAGAGGGACCAGGAGUUGGACCUGCUCUUGUUGGGGCAGCAGGGACCCAAACUACAUCUCUUUCUUCUGUUUUUUUUUUUUUUAUAAGAACAGCAUAGUUUUUGUGUGUUUUUUCAGUAAAGAACCAUGAAAUGGUGCUGGGUAUUUUUGGGGGUCCUCCUUUCUUUAGGAAUAUUUUCCUGGGGAGAAAUCGGUCUGGAAAUCCCUGAAUAUGAUGGCCGGGAUCGUGUCCAUGACCUCAAUGCUAAGAACUUCAAAUCUGUGAUGAAGAAAUAUGACGUCAUGGUCAUCUACUACCAUCAGCAUGUUGGAAAAAGCAAGGCAGCACAAAAAGAGUUUGAGAUGGAGGAGCUUGCACUGGAGUUACUUACCAGCCCUGCCGCCCUGACGUACCAGCUUGCCGCGCAGGUCCUGGACGAUCUUGACGAUGAGGACAUUGGCUUUGGUCUUGUUGAUGAGAAGACAGACAGUGCUGUUGCCAAGAAGCUGGGUCUGGAUGAGGUGGAAAGCAUCUAUAUUUUCUAUGACAACGAGAUUAUUGAGUAUGAUGGCGAGCUGGCAGCAGACACCCUGGUUGAGUUCCUAUAUGAUGUCAUUGAGGACCCUGUCGAAAUAAUUUAUAAUGAGCGAGAACUGAAAGCUUUCCACAGAAAUGAAGAGGACAUAAAACUCGUGGGGUACUUUAAGAACGAGAAGUCUCCUCACUUUGUUGAGUAUGAUGAUGCAGCUGAAGAGUUCCACCCUUUAGUUAAGUUUUUUGCAACCUUUGACGCCAAGAUUGCCAAGAAGUUGGACCUGAAGAUAAAUGAGGUUGACUUCUAUGAACCAUUCAUGGAUACGCCUGUUGAAAUCCCUGGGAAGCCCUAUACAGAAGCAGAACUUGUUCAUUUCAUUGAAGAGCAUGAUAGACCAACUCUUAGAAAGCUGGAGCCCCACAGCAUGUAUGAGACUUGGGAGGAUGAUAUCGAUGGUCAACACAUUGUUGCAUUUGCUGAGGAGGAUGAUCCAGAUGGUUAUGAAUUUUUGGAAAUUCUAAUAGAGGUGGCCAGAGAAAACACAGAAAACCCUGAUCUCAGCAUCAUCUGGAUUGAUCCUGAUGAUUUCCCUCUGCUUGUCCCAUACUGGGAGAAGACAUUUGACAUCGACCUGUCAUCCCCUCAGAUUGGUGUCAUUGAUGUUGAAGAUGCUGACAGCGUGUGGAUGGCCAUGGAUGAUGAUGAUGACAUGCCCUCUGCAGAAGAGCUGGAAGAAUGGAUUCAAGAUGUUAUAGAGGGCAAGAUCGACCCAGAUUUUGAUGAUGACGAUGAAGAUAAUGAUGACGACGAUGAUGAUGAUGACGACGAUAAUGAUGACGACGAUGAUGAUGACGACGAUGAUGAUGAUGACGACGAUAAUGAUGACGACGAUGAUGAUGACGACGAUGAUGAUGAUGACGACGACGACGAUGAUGACGAUGAUGAUGACGACGACGAUGAUGAUAGUGAUGACGAAGAUGAAUAAAUCCUUAUUCUUUGCUUUCAAAGCUAUUAUAAAUACAAGUCAUCAAUUUUGUCCCAUAUUCCCUAAUACAUAUUACGGUUUUUAUCACAUUUUGUUGACUUUUAAAAUGAGACCAAAGCUUGGCCUUCUAACACAUCGCCCUUUGCCCUGAAGGAUGCCACCCUGUACUCAUAUCUGUUACCUUGCACAUUAUGUCCAAAUUUAAGAACUCUAUCUUUUAAAAAAAUAAUUUUUAUUAUUUUAAAAUUGAUUUUUUUACUUCUUUUUGGUGUUAAUUGGAUAUAAUAUUGAAAAAAUCAGACCCAGCAGAGAAGCCCAGGUGUCCCAGAUUGGACCAGGAGGUGAAAAUGUGCAUUUUUCCACCAAGCAAAACUGAGCAUCAAUUGUCAACAAAACCAAAACUUGUUUUACCAGGGAAAUAUGGGAAACGAAAAAGGGAAACUUAUAAUGGCAAAAUAUACAUCCUGAGAUCUUUCUUUAGAGUGAAAGAUCCUCUUUUUGGAUGAGCUGUGUGAGGGAAACAGUUUCCUUUAAUCAGAGAAACAUGCUCUGAUACCUGUCAAUACCUGAGACCAUUAGUCCACUCCAUCUUCUCAAAUAAGACUGCCGUUGAUUAACUGAUUAUACUGAUGUUAAGUAAAAUUAAGAUGAAGUAUAUUCUAUUUUUUUAUGUAGUAUACCUCAUUGCAAUGUCUUAAAGUGAGAGUUUAGGAAAUAAAUAUAAUGGAAAGAGUUUUCAUCAGCUCUAAUGUUGUGAAUAAGAAAAGGAAAAUACCAAAAA